AUGCAAUAUUUAAAUCGUAGUCCGCCAUCACCAUUACAACCUUCUGUUAUUAAAAAAGCAAAAUCUCUUGAGAAUACAUGUGAUCGAAACGAAAUGACUGAUAACAACACAUUAUCACAAAUUAUAAAGGAUACGUUCUCUACUCCUGUAUUUAUCGAACAAUUAUGCAAUUCCUUGAUUAAUUCUGACAUAUUUCUUGAAGCGAUUGAAACUAUAGUUGCAUCCGCUUGUAAACAACAGCAAGAGCAAAUUAUUGAAUUAACUGUCGAAUUAGAUAGAACGAAAUCCGAAUUGGUUAAAGUGUCAUCCCACCUAAAUGAUUUGGAACAGUAUGGUAAACGUAAAGAUCUGCUUAUUCACGGUAUUCCAGUGAAAAACGACGAAAACUUAUAUACAACAGUAAUGGAAUUAGGAAAUGCCUUAGGUACUAAACUAAACAGGGACGACUUCAAUGCAAUUCAUCGUUUGCCAGCAAAAAGAACAGGUGAUAAAUUAAAGUCAACAAUUAUUGUAAGUUUUGUGCGUAUUACUGAUCGUAAUAAAUUCUAUCUAUCACACAAACAACUUGGGCGACACGAAAAAUUCAAAAAUAUUUUUGUUAACGAACAUUUAACAUCGUACAACAAUCAAUUGUAUUUUUAUGCAAAACAAAAGCUAGAUAAAAAGAGAGUAUUUACACGGAACGGUAACGUUUAUCUAUUUAUUGAAAAAGGUAAAUAUAGAAGAUUUCAGUCUAUGGUGGACAUCGACAAUGCUUAUGAUCAAUCAAGUAACUGUGCUAUUCGGAUGAUCUCGUCAUGA